AAUAUGUCAUUUUAAUUUUUGUUUGGAAAAAAAAAAAAAAAAAAAUAAUAAUAAUAAUAAUAAUAAAUUCAAAAUAAUUCAAAAUCUUAACUUAACAAAUCUAAUGUGAAUUUGACUGAUUGGAUCCGAUCCGAAUCCAAUAAGUUUACAGGCCUACUCGUGAGUCGUGAGGUGAGUUGAGGAUUGGCGUGAGUCUUAUGGGCACUCUCUUGUUAUACAAAAAGUAGGCUUUGAUAGAAUCUUGGAUUAUCUAAUUGUUGCUGAUGGAGGACUAUGUUUAAGGAUGAAGUACCCAUUGUUGACAUCAAACAUCUUGUCAUUGGAUAAUUUGAGCUUGCUACUGCAAAAAUGCCUGAAAGCGAAGGCAUUGAAACCCUGCAAACAAAUUCAUGCUUUCUUAUUAGCUUCUGGUGUUAAUAUGAGCAUCUUGUCUUUGAACUCUAGGAUUAUUGGUGUGUACGCAAUUUGUGGGGAUGUGAAGUCUGCUAAGCUGAAGUUUCAAAGCACUCCAAAACCAAAUGUUUUCGCAUUCAAUUGGAUGAUUUUCGCUUCGUCGUUCAAUGGGUAUUAUGAAGAGGCAAUUGGGUACUUCUCUUUGAUGGAAAAAUCAAGAAAUAUUCCUAAUAAUUAUACAUUUUCCAUUGUAUUGAAAGCUUGUGUUGGUUUAAUGGAUUUGUGUAAGGGGAAGGAAGUUCAUGCUAUGUCAAGUAAAAUGGGAUUUGAGUCAGGUGUAUCUGUGGGUAAUGCUUUAAUUGAUAUGUACUAUAAAUGUGGGAAUCUGCGCUAUGCCCGGCAGGUGUUUGAUAGAAUGACUGAGAGAGAUGUUGCUUCUUGGACAUCAAUGAUUUGUGGGUAUUCUAAUGUGGGAAAGAUUGAUCAGUCGGUUGUCUUGUUUGAGCAGAUGAAGCUGGAAGGAUUGGAACCGAACGAGUUUACAUGGAAUGCAAUGAUAGCAGGUUAUGCGCGGAGAGGAGAUUGCAAUAGCGCAUUCACACUGUUCUCUAGAAUGAGAAGAGAAGGGUUCAUUCCUGAUUUGGUUACUUGGAAUGCAAUGAUUUCAGGAUUUGUUCAAAGCCAAAAAUAUGUUGAAGCUAUGGAGUUGUUUCGGGACAUGUUGAUUGCUGGGCUCAAGCCCAAUCAGGUGACCGUCACGGGACUGCUACCUGCUUGUGGAUCAACAGGUUCAAUUCGAAGUGGAAAAGAAAUUCAUGGCCUCAUAUAUAGGAUGGAACUUUGUGUUAAUGUCUUUGUUGCUAGUGCUCUUAUUGACAUGUACUCGAAAUGUGGGUCUGUGAAGGACGCUUCGAAUGUUUUUAACAAAAUUCCCGUUAAGAAUGUAGCAUCAUGGAAUGCUAUGAUUGGCUGUUACGGGAAGCAUGGCUUGGUUGAUAGCUCAAUCCAACUUUUUCAGAGGAUGCAAGAUGAAAGAAUGCAAGCAAAUGAAGUCACUUUGAUUUGUGUUCUUUGUGCCUGUAGCUAUGGUGGUUUAGUUGAGAAGUGUUUAAAGAUAUUUAGGUCUAUGAAAGAGAAUUAUGGGGUUGAAGUCAGCAAAGAGCAUUAUGCUUGUGUUGUUGAUCUUCUGUGUCGUUCUGGGAGGAUGGAAGAAGCUUAUGAUUUGGUGAACGAAAUGUCAAUGGAAAUUACAGAUUCAGUUGUGGGGGCUUUCUUCAAUGGGUGUAGAAUUCACGAAAGAAGAGAUUUGGCUAAAAAGAUGGCUGAGGAUAUUUUGAGGAUGGAAUUAAAGAGACCUGCUGGUUUUGUGUCUCUGUCAAAUAUUUAUGCUGCUGAUGGAGAGUGGAAAGAGGUUGAGCAUUUGAGGCAGCUUAUGAAGGCUAUGGGGGUCCAUAAGAAACCUGGUUCCAGUUGGGUUGAGAAGAGGAACGAGUUUGCUGAAUCUAAGUUGGAAAAGUAAAACUCACACAACCACUUUUCCCUUUGCAGACUUGGACUCUCGACUUUCUACAAGGUGAGUAAGUACUACGUAGCUGCAGCCCUAGGUGAUGAGGAUGGCUGUUGAGAUUGAAGCGUGUAUGGUUAAAUUGAUGAAUGAGUUUGCUGAAUCCUGAUAGAAAUAGUCGUGAUAUAGAUCAAGUUUAUUGCAAUUGGAAUAUAUUUCAACUUUCAAAAGAUAUUUUUUGAAAUGGACUGAAGCUCAUGAUAAAGUGCCGGAAAAAUUUCCUUGGCCAGACCACAUUAAGGAAAAUCAUUCUCUUCACUUGGAGUUGCUGCUUCCUCUUCUAUCUUGACAAACUUUCUUUUUCUUAGUUCAUCUACUAUUAUUAUUAUGUCAUUUGCAGAAAAGGUGAAAGGGAGGAGAAUUUUAGAGAUUUAAAACACGUAAAUGCUGUUGGAUUUGCGGGUUAUUUUGUUAGUGUUUGUAAUUUGUAACUAGGGAAAAAAAAAAAGUGUUUGUAAUUUGAAACAUGAAAAGAUUUUCAUUUAGAAUUGAACCCCAAGUAAUUAGAUUAUGGUUCAUUGAUGCUUAUGCUUGCUUCUUGGUGGGUGCCAAUCUGCAUUUUAAACUUCAUCUUCUUAUGAGAAAUGACAUAUUCUCUUCUUCUUCUUUUUUCCAUUUUUUUUUUCUCAAUAGAAAUAGAAUAUGUCAUUAAUUUAUAUUUUCCCCAUUUUUUUUUUUUUUUUUUUU